AGAGAAAAAGUUCCGAUUUUGGAGGGUUAAAAGAGUGAGGGGUUUGAUUCUUCUGUAUUUUUCAUUUUGAGUUGGUUUUGAUUGCGUAAAAAUGACUGUUGAGGGUGAGAUUAAGGUUGAAGAGAAGGAGGUUAUUAAGGUUGAAGAGAAGGACAGCCAGAUGGGUGAUAAUGCAGGAGUUGAGGUUAAGGUUGAUGAGAAGGAGAGCCAGGAGCGUGACAAUGGAGGAGUUGAGGUUAAGGUUGAAGGGAAGGAGAUCCAGGUGGGUGAUAAUGGAGGAGCUGAGGUUAAGGUUGAAGAGAAGGAAACCCAGGUGGGUGAUAAUGGAGACGUUAAGGUUGAAGAACAAGGUAAAGAAGAGCCUAAAGUUAUGGAAAAGUCCGCUUCUUAUAGGGAGGAGAGUAAUUUUACUUCUGAUCUCAAGGAAUUUGAGAGAAAGGCAUUGGUUGAGCUGAAGAAAAAGCUUGAAGAAGCCAUUCUUGGAGACAAUAUUUUCAAGAAGGAGGAGGUGAAAAAGAUUGAUAAUCUUCAGAAAAAGGAGAAGGAGAAAGAGGUUGUUGAAUUAAUAAAAGAAACAAAACAAGAAACUAAAGAAAAAGAAGAAGAGAAAAAACCUGGAGCUGAAGAGGAGAAGAAGGUUGAAGAGAAAAAACCUGGAGCUGAAGAGGAGAAGAAGGUUGUAGAGACAAAACCUGAAGCUGGAGAGGAAAAGAAGGUUGAAGAGAAAAAACCUGAAGCUGAAGAGGAGAAGAAGGCUGUAGAGCAAAAGGCUGAAGCUGACGAGGAGAAGAAGGUUGUAGAGACAAAACCUGAAGCCGCAGAGGAGAAGAAGGUUCAAGAGAAAAAACCUGAAGCUGAAGAGGAAAAGAAGGUUGAAGAGGAAGAUCCUGAAGCUGAAGAGGAGAAGACGGUAGAAGAGAAAUGUGUUGAUAAAGACAUAAGCCUAUGGGGAGUUCCUCUUUUGCCGAGCAAAGGCGCAGAGGAGCUUGAUGUGGUUUUAUUGAAGUUUUUGAGGGCGAGAGACUUCAAGGUGAACGAUGCAUUUGAGAUGCUGAAGAAGUCACUCCAAUGGCGGAAGGAGAACAACAUUGAUUCCAUUAUGGAGGAGGAUGUUGGGGCGCAUUUGGGAUCAGCUGCUUACAUGAAUGGCGUGGACCGCGAGGGCCACCCCAUUUGCUAUAACAUUUACGGGGUGUUCAACGACGAGGAGCUUUAUCAGAAGACUCUGGCAACCGAGGAGAAGCGCAAUGAAUUCCUGAGAUGGAGACUGAGGUUGAUGGAGAAGGGAAUUCAGAAACUUGAUUUGAAGCCUGGUGGGAUUUCUUCUUUGCUUCAAAUAAAUGAUCUGAAAAACUCCCCUGGACCGGCCAAGAAGGAGCUCAGAAUUGCAUUGAAGCAGACGGUCGGCAUUUUGCAAGACAAUUAUCCUGAAUUCGUCACAAAAAAUUUGUUCAUUAAUGCGCCAUUCUGGUACUAUGCUCUCAAUGCUGUCUUAUCACCAUUUUUGACUCAAAGAACCAAGAGCAAGUUUGUUGUUUCUCGCCCUGCAAAGGUCACUGAAACCCUUCUGAAGUACAUUUCACCCGAAGAGUUGCCUGUUCAGUAUGGUGGAUUCAAGAGAGAAGAUGACUUUGAAUUCGCUAAUGAAGAGUCUAAAAUCUCUGAAAUUACUGUCAAACCAGGAUCAACUGAAUCCAUUGAGAUUACAGCUGAUGAGAUUGGAACUACGAUAACUUGGGACGUGUGUGUGAUUGGAUGGGAAGUGAACUACAGGGAGGAAUUUGUGCCAAGUGAUGAAGGCUCCUACACCAUUAUUGUUCAGAAGGGGAAGAAGAUAAGCACACAGGAAGCUCCAAUUCGUAAUACUUUCAGGAACAAUGAACCUGGAAAAGUUAUGCUGACAGUUGAGAAUCCUUCAAGCAAGAAGAAGAGGCUUUUCUAUCGAUACAAGACCAACAAGAGCUCCUGCCUUUGAACUUGCUCAAUUCUCAUAUCUAUGUUACUAUAAUUAACUAUAUAUAUAUAUAUCAUCAUCGUCGUCAUGUAUUUAUUUUCUAAUUUGUUUCAACUUUAAUUGCAUAGCAAAAGCUUAGGUUCAUUUGGGAGAAGACAGAAAAAUUAUAGAGCUAAAAAUACAAGAGCAUUAUUUUUCGAAAAGGGGAGUGGGGGAAGGAAACUGAGAUUCAUUCUUUUUUAUUUCAUGUGGGCAUUUUUUGUUAUGUGAAAAUAUGUGAUUAUAAAUUAUAUAUGCUUAUGUGUUUUGA